AUGGCCUACACAACGGCGACCAAUAUCUUUGAAUCGAAUGCGCCGCAACUUGGCGAACGAGCGACAGAAUCCGCACAUCGAAAAAUCGAAUUACAAUCACCCGCCGACCUCACGUAUCUCAUCGCCAAUGUCUCCAAAGCGGCGCGCGAGAAACUCGACAAACACUUACCUCCCGAUGCGACUCCUGAAGGCGAGGAUGCUAUGCGGAAAAGAGUAGAGCAAUUAGUCGAUGAAUACAUCCACCAAACCUUCGCCGCAGCAAAAGACUCCAUAACAAUCAACGGCAUGGACACGGCCGAACUAGAAGCCGAACUUGCCAAAGCCUCAGAAGGCGAAGAACUCGAACCCUACGAUACAAAACUCGCACAAAAAAUCCAAGCCCUUUCCUCGCAAAUCGAGCAUCAGACUCUGCAAUUGGCGAAUCUGAGGAGGAAGGCGCCGCAGGAGACUGCGAGGAAAUUCCUGCAGGCUUUUGAGAGGCAGGGCGAGGAGAGUGAGAAGAUGUUGGAGGUGGAGAGGGAGAGAAGUUUGAAGGUUGCGACGGAGACGAGCGUAGAUGUUGGGGAGGUUAAGAGGGUGGAGGAGGUGCAGGCGAGUUGGGUGAGAGGGAAAGAGGAGUUGGAGGUGGUGAAGAGUGGGAUUAAGGGCACGGUGCAGAAGAUGGAGAAGGCGAAGAGGGCGGUUGAGGUUGUGGAGGAGCAGCAGUAG